AUGUGUUUGUGUGGUCUGCAGGAUUUGACCAUGGCGGGGAAAGGGCGAGGAGGCACUGCCUUCACCUUCAGCGUCGAGGCCCUGGGCAUUGGUAGGGGCAGCAUGCCCGAUGCCAGGGUCGGACCCAGCCCCCUUUUUCCAAACACGGAGUUUAAGCCUGUGCCGCUGAAAGCAGGUGAUGACGAGGACUACAUGCUGGCCUUAAAACAGGAGAUGAGAGGAGCCAUGCAGCGGCUGCCUCACCACAUCAAACGUCAGGCCAUGAGGGGAGUGGAGAGAUACACUGAGAGAUACCUCAAGCAGCACCAGAUGGAGGAUGAUGAGUGGACACCAGACUGGAACCGUUUCCCAAAAGAAUUGAUGCCACAGAAGAGAAAAAUGAAUCCUAAAUCGGGCACAAAGAAGAAAUGUGUGAAGGUCUCACACAAAGACACAGAAGAAAUGCUGAGUAGAUUAUAUGAACUGGAAAAGAAGGAUGGCAUGAGCCCUGAAAACUCAGAUGAUGAGAAGGAAAAGAAAAAGAAUGAGGAUGAAGAGGAACAAAUUGAAGAGGAAGAGUAUGAAGAAGAAGAAAUCGAAGAGGAAAAUGAUUACAUUGAAACAUAUUUUGACAACGGUGAAGACUUUGCUGCAGACAGUGAUGACAACAUGGACGGUGAAGCGACAUACUGACAAUAUUUGGCCUUCAGUCAUGCAAAUGAAAACAAGUGCACAAUGAGCUCCUGGACAGUGAGAUUGAUGCUAUAAUUUAAGAACAUUUCUUUAGCAUGGCAUAAUUUACAAAGUGUGAAUACUGGUAAUCAUGCAACUGCCAACUUAAUACUUGAGUGUAAAUGUCCAUUGAAUUAAUAUUUUAAGGUAUCUGCAUGUAAAUUCCUGUUCAGUGUGAAACAGCCUUCAGUAUUGUACAUAUGAAGAUAGUUUUGUUGGCUUUACUACGAUCCUAACGGGGAAUAUUGUAAUUUUGUAUAAAUAAGAAAUGGCAAUCUGUGCACUGGCAUUAGUUUAUUGAAAAUAAAGUUGGUUAAUCUUCAA